AGUACCAGUACACCUCUCUCUCUCUCUCUCUCUCUCUCUCUCUCUGCAAUGGAAAUUAGUGGAAGCAGGUCCUUCACCUUAAGUUUAGCCUUUCUUCUUCUUGGCUUCUGCAGUGAAACUUGUAACGCUAAGGUCGACACUAGUGCCAAGUCCUGUACUUCAUCCUGCGGCCAUAUCCACAACAUAAGCUAUCCUUUUCGACUGAACCAUGAUCCGAAGCACUGCGGCAAUGUAAUGUAUACACUGUCCUGUGAGAGCAACAUUACAGUAUUAGACCUACCUUCUUCCGGAAAAUACUACGUUCAGGCAAUUAACUACACUGACACAACAAUCCGACUUCUAGAUCCUGGCCUUGUGAACACCAAUUGCUCUUCCAGGCCUCGAAAUUUUCCGCUCAUUACUCAUCCAUAUGUACGAUAUUCACGGUAUCCAAGAUCUGCAUCUGUAUAUUACUUGAAAUGUUUGAAUCCAUUGAAUUCUUCUCUGUACGUGGACACUGCUGCUCCAUGCUUGAAUAAUACAAGUUCUUCUUCGAGCCAACCAAAAACGUAUAGCUACGUCAAGGUCGGGGCCAUGAUAGGAUGGGAUUUGGAUGAGGGUUGCAGUGUAGAGUGGAUGCCCUUGGAUUCCUUUUACGACUCCGUUGGCUUUAGCUACAGCUACAGCAACGUCUCUUAUAAAGACAUACACAAUGCUCUCGUGUAUGGCUUUGAGCUUGGAUUCAUACCUCCUGAAGAUAGAUGCCCAGGACAGUGGACUGCGGAUUAUGUGUCUACAUGUUUUCCUCACACCAUUUCAGGUUUCUUUCAAUAUAUAUGGCAACAAAUCGGUAAGGGGUCCUCUUUUUGUUUUAUUUACAAGUUUUCGAUCGAGACAAACUUGAUCAACUUCAUUUAA